UGCGCUUCUAACCAGCAUGUACACUGUUACUUUUUUCUUUACUCACCUUUUUCACCACUGUCCCCAUCGUUUGUAGUCAUCCGGUCGUUUGAUGUAAACAAACCCGGUUGUGAGGUCGAUGCUCUACGCGGCGGUGUUGCCGGUGGUAGUGUACUUCGCGGUGUUCUGAAGGUUGGUCAGGAAAUCGAAAUUCGUCCUGGUCUUGUGUCUAAGGACGAAGGCGGUCGCGUGACUUGUCGACCCAUUCGUUCCUGCAUCCUCUCGCUUUUUGCUGAGCAGAAUGACCUCGCCUACGCCGUGCCCGGCGGUCUGAUUGGCGUUGGUACGAAAGUUGAUCCGCAGCUGUUUCGGGCUGAUCGUUUGGUGGGGCACGUGGUCGGGGCUGUUGGCACUCUGCCAGACAUCUACGUGGAGUUGGAGAUAUCCUUCUUCCUGCUGCGUCGCCUUUUGGGUGUCCGAACUGAGGGUGACCGCAAGGGAGCCAAGGUGCAAAAGUUAGCAAAACACGAAGUUCUCAUGGUGAACAUCGGGUCUCUGUCCAGCGGUGGUCACGUGGUCGCUGUGAAAGGCGAUUUAGCCAAAAUUGCCCUCAACAGUCCUGUCUGCACCGAGGUCGGCGAGAAGUUGGCCCUCAGUCGACGUGUUGAACGCCACUGGCGGUACGUUCCUUCCCGCGUCUGA